GACGCGCUGCUGCUACCGAAGCAUUCAACCUGGCGGAAUUGUCGAAGAAACGCAAGACGUACCUCGGGGAGCACUGGCUCGCGCUCACGCGAAUAUGAGCAUGACUCUCGUCCGCAAUACGUUCAAAGGUUGCAGCGAGGACGAGGCAGCAGGUGUCGUGAACGCGGAGGUGGGCGGAGGUUGCGCGGCCGGGGCGCCAACCACAGGAAGUGGCGUUGGAGGUGGUAGCGGCACAGGUAGCGAAGCCGGUGGUGGUGGUGGAGGCGGUGGUGGAGCAGGAACAGGAACAGGAGGAGGCGGAGGAGCCGUCCGUGGUGGCGGCGGCAGCGGUGGCGGCGAGGGCGGAUCGACGAAGCAGGGUGGCGAGAAGUGUCCCCAGUGCGGCUUCCUCUGUCGGGACGUCCACGUGCUUCAGCUCCAUCUCGAGGACACGCACAAGACCCCGUACGCCAUCGACAAGAACGAUCUCAACGCUCAAUUCCCUCAAGUGUCCUGCAGGGUGUGCAGCAAGACUUUUGCUAACGUCUACCGACUCCAGAGGCACAUGAUCAGCCAUGAUGAGAGUGCCGUGCUUCGUAAGUUUAAGUGUCCCCAUUGCGAGAAAGCCUUCAAGUUUAAGCAUCACCUCAAGGAGCACCUUCGCAUUCACAGCGGUGAAAAGCCAUUCCUAUGCAACAACUGCGGCAAGCGCUUCUCCCAUUCGGGCUCGUAUUCGAGUCAUAUGACCUCGAAGAAGUGCCUGAUAGUAAACUUAAAAAAAUCCAGGCAUACGAAUGUGAGCAACGUGGAUCGUGGGCCGAAAAAGGCGCAACAACCCCUGCCGCCGGGGCGGCGCGAGGUCGAUCUGCUCGCGGCGAAUAAUAACACUUUCCUCCCUAUUCUGCCGAAGCUUUCACCCUCGGAUUAUCAGGAGAUACAACGGGAAGGAGCGGGUAUUUACGACAUGCCGACCCUUCUGCCGCAAAUGAUGGGCUUCGGCAGUUACUUUCUGCAGGCAUCCUUGGGCAAGAUCUUAAACCAGCUACAUUCCAAGAGAUUGGACGAGGUAGCCGAGAAAUUCGAGUCUCAUCGGGAACUCAUGAGCCCGUCGACGGCGGACUCUGAGGGCACAGAAGGCACAGAGGGUAAAGAAUCACCAGCACCGACCGAUCCUCAAGGUCUUGACGCGGUUCGACGUAUCCUUGAAACGGUGAACACCUCCGUCACGAAACAACUGCUCGAGGCGAACGUGAGGAAAUUGUCCACCUCGCCGGCCACGAUGAAACGAGAGUUCGAGGAGGAUUAUCAAGAUCAAGACAGCGAGAUGUCCAGCGAGAUGGCACAUUAUCCAGACUGGUCAGCAGCGGAUCAAUAUGAUUCGCAGAGUGAAGGUUUGGCGGCGAAGCUCGAGGACGUGAAUCAACCCAGUGCGAAAUCAGGUUACAAGAGAAAAGCGGAGGAUAGCUCGGAGGCGGACUCGGAGGACGAGGAGGAUGGUACACAGACGCACAAUGAUAACGGAAGGAGAGUCAGGGCUAGAUCUUUGAUAGACGAUGAGCAAUUGGCUGUUCUCAAGGGUUACUAUGCCAUUAAUCCUCGACCCAAGAAGGAGGAGAUCAUCAUGAUCGCCAAUUACAUCAAUUUUCCUACUCGUGUCGUACAGGUUUGGUUCCAAAAUUCCCGAGCGAGGGACCGACGAGAAUCGAAGAUACCACCUUUAGUACCAUUGGCAAAUUCGACCAGUCAGACCGCGUACGAACAACCAUUAGAUUUGUCGAAGAAAGAAGCUCUCACAGAGACGACGUGCAAAGACAGUGAAACUGUUUGUGCAAAAUUCACAUCAUCGUCUCCCGUUGAAGCGAAAAACGAUAAUGCGCUGUCGCAUAAUCAAGACGCGGAUGAUCUGGAGGAUUCGCCUCUCGUUAUUGACGAAGAAACCACCGAUUCUGUAGAAACGAAACGUACGGCCCCGAUGGGGGGAGAAAUUGUUCCGAAGAGUCAACCUCAGACAAAUGUAAAGAACGAAAGUGAAAACGCAAGUCAACCAGAGGCUUCGCCAGCAGCGGAGAUCGAGCAGGGUGUCUACUUCUGUGAUCGGUGUGACAAAACAUUCUCCAAGCACAGUUCCCUAGCAAGACACAAAUAUGAACAUUCCGGGCAAAGGCCGUACAAAUGCGUGGAGUGCCCAAGGGCGUUCAAGCACAAGCACCAUCUGACCGAACACAAGCGACUGCACAGCGGCGAAAAGCCCUUCCAGUGCUCCAAGUGCCUCAAGCGCUUCUCUCACUCCGGCUCCUACAGCCAACACAUGAAUCAUCGUUACUCUUACUGCAAGCCGUAUAGAGAAUAGAAGUAUUCCCGCUAGUUGAAAUGAAAACUCUCUCGCUGACUUAGCUAAGUAUGUAUGGUCCUUUUUUCCUUCUACGACAAGGGACUCAGCAUUUAAUGAAGAAAAAGCGAAUUUAAAAACGGGAAAUAAUAUUAUAUUUCGCGACAAAAUAAAACGCCUGGGAACCACGUUAGGAGAACGGCAAAUACACCUAGCGACGAAUUUUUCCAAACGCGAUCUCGCGCACGCAUUUUACCCGCGAAAAGGCUUGCGUUAAACACAGCAAAUAAUAAUUAAAGCCUAAAAAAUAUAUUUAACUGGAGAAGGAAACGCAUGUUGAUCGAAAGGGAAAAUGAAAAAUGAAAUGCCAUUCUGAAGAAAAAAGAAAAAGAACAGACGAUUGAGUGAUACGUUAUAUUAAAAAGAUUAAAGAAGAUAGCGAAUGAGACUUGAUAGUCGCGACUCUCCUGUACGAGCAAACAACAUCGUCCAAGUGUCACGUGAGUUUCUUCUCAAGUUCGUUCUCGCUGAAACAAAGAAAGAAGUUAAAAAUGAUAAAAAAAAAAGGAAGCAGAAAAGUGAAAAGUAAAAAAAAAAUGAAUUCGCAGCGACUCUGAGUCGACGAGAAUUAAAAAAAAGGAAACCAAAUACGCAACGGUACCAAAAAUGCAUAAUGCAAUAAUCUAUUAUAUAUUAUAUAUAAUAUACAUAAUAUUUUAGUAUUUUUAUUAACAAGAUUAUUAUAUAUACCAUGACAAUAAUAAGGAAACUAAUUAACGUACAAAUUUGUUAGCCACGUUCGCACGGGGCACGCGAUGUAAUUCAGUCGCGACGCGCAAAUUGGCGAAGGGAUAUGGUGAGGUGAUUUGAAUGUUUCAUUUUUGACCGAGUUGCGCAUGUGCAGUUGUACAUUUAAUAACGAACGAACUAAAAUUCGAAGUAAUACGAAGUAAUAUCCUGUACUGGAAAGUAACAAUGUUUAAAUAGUGCAAAAACCAAUUUCUAGAUAUUUUUACCAAAUAAUUAAUUUACAAGGAAGAAAGGAAAGUUAAAAGUGGUGGAAAAAUAAUCUUUCGUUUCUGAGACAUCCAAUCGAAUGAUAUUCUUCAGCCUUAAUUCCUUCGUUCACUAAUGUUUUGGAACAGCACGAAGUUUGAAACAUAUUAAGAAUUCAAAGUAUAAAUAUUCAUAUUAUUAAAAAGACAAAAAAAAAAGAUAAGUGCGCGCGUGCAAUUGGAUAAGAACGAACACCAAAGGUAAAUGCUGGGAAAGGUUGAAGCACCGGACAAAAAGAGAAUACAUUUGAAUUUAAACUGCUAAACUGAGAGAGCUUAAACGCAAAUUCCGAUGAAUCGCUGAGAACGGAGACUAGAAUUUCUAGUCGCCUGGUCUAUCCUCACCGUCGAGAGAGCUUUUUUCAAGCUCGAUGCAGGAGGAUUCGGCCAAAUUACGAUUUAUUAUAGCGUCGAGGUAUUUCUGGGCCUUAUCUAUCGGUGAUCGAUGCCAUAACGAAUAACUUUUGAUUCUUGUGUACUUACUUUAAAUCCAAAUCACAUCUUCGUAUAUUUCCAUAAUGUUACGUGAGAGAUUCAUAUAUUUCAAGUUCAUUUUUUUUGCAGAUCUCACGAUAGUUUUAUAAUACCAAUCGUAUAUAAAUUAGUUCUUACUCUCAGUUAUUAACGCUAGAACUAUCAAAUAUGUUAACCCCUUAACCUACGAUUUACGUUCGAGAAUUUUGGGCCGAAAACGUAAACAAACUCGCGCAGUCUACGGGCUAUACCCGUAAUAUUUACGUUUGGCCCGGUCAUCGUACUACGGGCUAUCCCCGUAGUUGUAGGUUAAGGGGUUAAGAUGCCUGUCUCUAGCUUUCUUUUUCUUUGUUUGUUUGUAAUUACUAAAAACACGUAAAAGCUUUUGAUAAAAUUAAUGUUAAAGUAUAUUUGGGUAAAAAUACGAUUAUAUACUUGUACUUUACUUUUAUCCUACUAUCUUAAUUACAAUUAUUUAUAUAUUUGUAUUUUAUAUUCUAGUGUCAAUUUUAGUAAUUAUUUAAGUAUUUUAUACAUUUUUUUCUCUUUCUGUAAGUUAAAUUUUCGUUAUCUUCUUGAAUUAUUCAGACAUACGAUUAAGUUAAGCUUCAAGCAAUGCACGUAUUUCUUGAUUUAUUCAACAUUGUUAUUAUUUAAUAUUUGAAUCUCCGCGUAUCAUCCAUUUACGCUAAAAAGAAAAGAUUUAGAAAAGCGAAUGUUUUGCAUCGUAGGAAGAAACAAAAAAAAAUGCCUUAAACAUUCCGUAAAAAUCAACGUGCUACCGGUGCUCCUUUUUUUAGUUAUUCAUAGAUCACGAAGCAUCACCAUGGCCUCUCGUACUUUUUGUAGAGCUCAUGUGGUCUCGUUGUCAUCAUAAGAGAUUUCAAUUGAACCCGACGAGCUCAUCACAUUUGUUUCUGGCGCCUGAAAGGGAAAUGGCAUCGAGAACCUUGCAAUACAAAAGCAAAAAAAAAAAAAAAAGAAAAGAAGAAAAAAAAGAAAUACAAAAGGAAAACAUUGAGAAAAAGUCCCUUCACCGAGAUCCGGGCCCCGAUCAUAAACUCUAAGUAUAAUAUUAAAAUGCUUCCAAUACUGUACUAUUAAAACAGAAAAAAAAUUAUUAUUACACAAUUUUUAUGAUUUUAUUCGUUCGGACGCGUAGGUAAGCGAUAUAUAUAAAUAUAUAUAUAAUCUACAGAUCGAUAAUACUCGAGAAUUGUAUUUUAUAACGGUUUAUGCCUCUUUUUAUUUACACGUACCACGAGUGACAAGUGAUAUAUAUAUAUAUAUUAUAUUAUAUAAAUAUAUAUAUUGUUAUUGAUAAAAAAAAUUGAUAAAAAGAAACGACGACUUAUACGGGGAUACACGGCAGAAAAAAAGAAAAGGUGUAACGUUUAAAGGGCCGCGCCAAAAAAGUAGUGUCGUGUUCGGCCGAGCGGGGCGCCACCGUUGCAUUUCCUCCGCGUCUAGAAGCUCCGGUUAUCCGCGACAGGCAUCGUGUCCGUAUUACGAGAUAAAACGGAAAAAAUCCAGAUAUGAUGCUUAUAAUACUCAUUUAUUAUAGUGUUAAUAGUUAAGAAAUAUAUUUUUAUAUUAUUAUAAUAUUACGACACGAUAUAUUAUAUAUAUAGUACUAAUCGAUCGCCGCGGAUACGUGAACCCGCGACGACGAGUCUGUUCCUCGGCUGGUACAGAUACGCGAGAAUAUUCUAUUUUUAUUUUCUAGUUUUUGAGACUCGAUCGUAAACGAUUCAACGUUCCUGUGCAAUCACUUUGUUAUUUUUCUUCGUUAUUUCUCAUCAUUACGUGUUAUGUUCACUAUCUUUUUACAUUAAUUUGUUUUUAUUUGUAUAAUUUCUCUUCUUUCUUUUUUAAGGAUCUUUUUCAUCGUUGAUAUAUAUGAUAAUUUACCGGCAUUCCUUAAGUAUUUUUCCUUUCUAUGAUUUUACACAAAAAUUUGUAUUCGUAUGUUAAGUUUCGUCGGUUAUCGAUUUUCAAUUAUAUAUAAUUAUUCUAACUCUAAAAAAAACGCCUCGAUUCUGUACUUUCGAAUACUUUCACGACCAACGGGUUUAGGACAUCAGGAAGAAAAAGCAGGAAAUUUACGAAGACAAUAUUGCAUACGUAUAAGUGACUAAAUGAAGAAUAAAAAAAAUUAUAUAUAUAAAUAUAAAUAUAUAAAUAUAUUAAUAUAGAUAUAUAAAGAUAGAAAUAUUUGCUCUGAUUCGGGAGUAUUUGCAACCUGCUCGCCUCGAUGUAUGUAUAUACGUACUAUUAAAAAUAACAGACACAGACUACAGCGUAAUUUUUGCCAGCUUUCGCGCAUCGGCAUCGGUUAUGUCUCCGUUAUUUCCUAAACUAUUACGUGAAAACUACGUAAAAAAAAAAAAAAAAAAAAAGGAAAAAAGAUGAAAUAAUUAAACUAAAAGUGAAUAAUAACUCAUACGAGCAUGAUGAAACAAAACGAAAUAUGAGAAAACAAGGAGAGAAAUACAAGGAAAAAAAGAAGAAAAAAAAUUGUUAAUGAUUGUUGAUGCAACGAUUUAAAAAAAAUGAGCACCGUACGAUGCCUUCCGUGAACGACCGAGCUUGCCUAGUUACCGAAAUAAUAUAGAAAUUCAAUGAUUCGAUCUCGAUAUGAAUUAUCUCGUCGAAAGUAACGCUAUCCCUGCGAUGCCUCUCCCAUCUGUCGAACGAUUGUUUCCUGUAACCGCAGACAAUAAAUAUAAAGCGAGUAAAUGGCGUGCCAUAAAUGAAUCUUCGUAAAGUUGUAAAGAACACUACGAUACCGACACGUAGAGUAUAUGUACCUCUGUAUUCGUGUUUGAUUGAAAAGUGUUCUAGGACGAAUUCCAUGAGAGUAUAUAUUGUGAUUUUUCUCUAAAGAGGGGGAUGCACGUGGGGAUAACAAACAUAUUUGCUUUAAAUUGUAUUCGACGAACACUGGUGGUUAUGCCAUCGAGCUUUCCAUGACUACGUUACAUAAGCACCAGAAUCGUGCGUGUGUGCGUGUAUUGCGUGUAUGUACACCAAAAAAUACUCGGAAAUAAAAUACGGCAGGACAAUAAUAAUACCGUUUCUUUUUAGAAAUUAGAGAGCGUAAGCAUUAAUUACAAUAGUACAUAUAAUAUAUAUAUAAAAAUUGUAAGUGUGAAAAAAAAGAUAAAUUUGCUAAAUGCAGAGAAGUCUGCACGUGUACGCACAAGAACGCAUCCCUUGCGUGUACGUGGAUACACGUGUGUACACAGCACAGCAUGUAUGUACAUAGGUAAUACAUUCGUAAGGUUACAUUUAGUCGCCAGGAAUAGCGAUGCGGAUGUUAUUGUAACAGUGAAGUGUAAUAUGCGGUAGAUACUUUGAGAGGACGGUGGGGGAAAAAAAUAUAAAAACCGGAAGGUUCCAGCUGCGUAGUGGAUGCAGUGCCUUCUCCGGGUGAAAUGAUCUCGUGGUGUUGAAGCGAGCGGUUGCAAAACAGCUCGAUAAGCAAUUUGUAUUGUAUAAUAUUUUAAUCUAAUAUUUUAAUCUAAAUUUCAAUGAAAAUUUAUCACGGAGAAUUGUAAUUGUACCAGUUUCGUUUCAGAUUGACAUAUUUUUAAGUUAUCGUUCGUCUUGCAAUGCAGUCACCAAAAUAAGGAGCAUGAAAUUGAAUUCGAAACUCAUUUCAGGAUAAUAGUCACUUUUUGGAGAAGGAAUAUAUAUAUUCUUAUAAUUAAAAGUAUGUUAUUCUAACCAAAACGAUCUCUUUUUAAAAGUUCGAUCGUUGAUAAUGGGCAUUUGAGAUAGAGAAAUAAAAUAGAGAAAAAAGAAGAAGGAAAGAAAUAAAAAGUAUAAUGGAAGAGGGAGGAUGUUGGAAGGAUCGAACACUGCGCGCACUACGCGGCGAACUUUCGAAGCACGAAUCGAUGAAUUUGGUUAAAACGGAAACGGGAGCCGAACCUGUUACACACUGCGGAAAGAAGCAGCAGAUAAAAAGAAAAUGAAAUUUAAAAAAAUAAUGUAUUGUGACGAAGUUCCAUCCAUAAUAAAAUAAAUGAAAAUAUUAUACAGUUAGGCCGACUUUUCCGCCAGUUCGUGCCUUUUUUCUGCAGGGAGAGAGAGUGCAGUUUUGGAAUCGAUCUGAAUGGUGUAUGCUAUUGAUGUACCGCCUACUAAUAGAAAAACAUGGAUAAGGAACAGGAAAGAAAGAAAGAAUAAGACAAAGAAAUUGAGAAGGAAGAGUAUAAUGUUAGAACCGUUAACGAUCUUAGAGAUCGUGAUGAAAUUAUGGGCGGACAGAAGAGACAGGAUAUGAGGAAUUAAUUAUGGAGAUAAAUCGAACGAGUUUAUGUUUGACAUGAUGACAAAGUAUGUGUCCUGUAAUGCAUUAUUCUCGAAGAACAUUACGAGCACGCGAAAUUAUGUCAGACGUUGGUGAGAGAGAACAGCGCGUAACGCAAGAAAAGAAACGAAGAAGGAGAAAAGAGGUGCGAGAUUAAAUGUGUAAACAGUCGAAACUGAAUGAUGUGAAUGAAAAGAGAGAAUGAAAAGGAAUGUGUGUGCGUGUGAAAGGAAGAACGGGAGGGAGAGAAAGUAAGUGAGAGAAAGAAUUCUAGCAAUUGUUGAACGUUCAUUAAAUUGUCCUCGUUUCACGAUGUAAUAAAGGCUAUUUUACUUUGA